UGCCCAAACUUUUGCAUGCCGCUGUACAUUUUACAUUCUCGAUACAUAAUUGUGACAGUACAACUAGCAUUGAACUGGCCACUGUAAAUUAUCCCUUAGUGUGGCGGCAAAAAGAAUCAAGGGGAGUUGAUGGGUGUUAUUAUUUUAAAAAAUCUUCUGAAUAGGUAAUAGAUUGCUUUCAGUGUGUUAAAAAGACUCCCAAGAAGUGGGAGUCUUCUGCUAUUAUUAGAAAUAUACUAUUUCUGAUCUGUUUUGAUUUUAGUUGAUUUGUAAACCACAGAAAACUCGUAUACCCUUUGAUGUUUCUCAAUUAACACACUUGUGGUUGUUUUGAAGACUAAGUGAAAUGCAAAAGGGAUUAUUUUAUUUUCCCUGGAUGUUUUAUUCCAAGAAUGGAUUUUUAAAAAAAUGUACAUUACUUCAAGCAUUAAUUGCAGUAUGUUGUUUUUUUUUGUAAUAAUGUACUUAUGGUCUGGGCUACAACACAGGUACACCUCAAGAUUGUCCAUUGUUGUACUCUCUUUUACACUUAUGUCUGUGUGGCUAGGCACAGCUCAAGCUCCAUCUAUAACUUUGGUGAUGACACCACUGUUAUUGGUAGAAUCUCAACUGGUGAUGAUGAGGCGUACGGAAUGAAAUAGAUCAGCUGGUCAAGUGGUGUCACAACAACAACCUUGCACUCAACAUCAGCAAGACCAGGGAACUAUUGUGGAUCAGGAAGGGGAACGUGAGAGAACACAUGCAAAACCAGAUUAUGGAGUCAGCAGUAGAAAAGAUUUUGCACCCUGUGACCCAGAUGAAGGGAGAUGGGAAGGAGACCUGGUCCAAACUUGGUCAGUGCUACUUUGUACCCAAUCCCAGCUGUCUAAAUCUUUGACAGUCCACUAGCGUUAUGCUAGUCAACCAUUAGCACUGAAACAGAAUUCAGACCAACUUUCAGAAUGCCUGUGCAAGCAUCACAGUGGACAGAAUUCCUCUCCUGUCCCAUCUGCUUCAAUGAAUUUGAUGAAAACGUACACAAACCCAUCAGUUUAGGCUGUGGGCAUACUGUCUGCAAAACUUGCCUGAACAAACUACAUCGCAAGGCAUGCCCCUUUGACCAGACCGCCAUCAACACAGACAUCGAUGUUCUUCCUGUGAAUUUUGCACUUCUGCAGUUAGUUGGCGCACAGGUCCCAGACCAGCAGACUGUGAACCUGAGUAACUUGGCUGAAAAUAAACAUUACGAGGUUGCAAAGAAGUGUGUGGAGGAGCUGGCACUCUACUUGAAACCUCUUAGUGGAGGAAAGGGUGUUGCAAGUCUAAAUCAGAGUGCACUGAGCAGGCCGAUGCAGCGAAAACUGGUUACCUUGGUUAACUGUCAGUUGGUGGAGGAGGAAGGGCGUGUGCGAGCAAUGCGGGCAGCCAGAUCUCUUGGGGAACGAACGGUUACUGAGCUCAUUCUGCAGCAUCAGAAUCCCCAGCAGUUAUCAGCCAAUUUGUGGGCUGCAGUCCGGGCCAGAGGUUGCCAGUUUUUGGGACCAGCUAUGCAGGAAGAAGCGCUUAAACUGGUCUUGCUUGCAUUGGAAGAUGGGUCAGCACUCUCUAGGAAAGUGCUGGUUCUCUUCGUUGUUCAGAGGCUUGAACCACGAUUUCCUCAGGCAUCCAAAACCAGUAUUGGUCAUGUCGUACAACUCCUGUACCGUGCUUCAUGUUUCAAGGUUACAAAAAGGGAUGAAGAUUCUUCUCUAAUGCAACUGAAAGAAGAGUUUCGUACUUAUGAAGCUUUACGCAGGGAGCAUGAUGCACAGAUUGUUCAUAUUGCCAUGGAGGCAGGACUUCGAAUUUCCCCUGAACAAUGGUCUUCCCUUUUGUAUGGAGACUUGGCACACAAAUCACACAUGCAGUCCAUCAUUGAUAAGCUCCAGUCUCCAGAAUCUUUUGCAAAGAGUGUGCAGGAAUUGACUAUUGUCCUGCAACGGACAACAGAUCCAGCUAAUCUGAACAGACUACGAUCUCAUCUUGAACUCUUAGCAAAUAUAGACCCAAAUCCUGAUGCUGCAGCUCCAACGUGGGAACAACUAGAAAAUUCAAUGGUAGCUGUAAAGACUGUUGUUCACGGGCUUGUGGAUUUCAUCCAGAAUUUUAGUAAAAAGGGCCAUGAAGCACCACAACCACAGCCAAACAGCAAGUAUAAAACCAGCAUGUGCCGAGACCUUCGACAACAAGGAGGUUGUCCUCGUGGUGCCAAUUGUACCUUUGCUCACUCCCAAGAGGAGCUGGAAAAGUAUCGGAUGCGGAAUAAGAAGAUUAAUGCUACAGUCAGGCCCUUCCCUCUAUCACAAGCACUUCAGAGCAAAGUUGGAAUUGCCAAUAUAGUCACAACGUCUGCAGGAAAUAUAGUCUCUGUAACAGGAUCCACUGAAACCACUGUGAAAAUGGUGCAGGCAACUAAUGGGGUAAUUAACCCAGAAAGUACCACGCCACAACUAAUACCACGAUGUGCAGAUACCUCAGCUUCUUUGGAGAAUGCUAAGAAAGUCGGACAAAACUGUCUGAGCACACCUGGGUCACUAUCUGGUUCACCGACAGAAAAUAAAAUUGGUUCACCUCCCAAGACGGUUCUCAACCAAGUGCUCCCUACUUCAGCAGUAAUGUCAUCACAUAUUGGACCAGAUGUGACUUCCCUAUCUUCUGCAAAGUCUAUGUCAAGAGUGUCAGUGUACCCAUCUCAGCAACCUGACUUGUAUUAUCAGGAUCCCAGAGCAACGGUUCCCUUUGAACUGCCUGCUUACCAACAACCAGGAGGAUAUUAUCCUCCACAUACUGGUCUACCAUCUGGUGUGUCUCCUUGCCUUCCUCGUUAUGUGCGUCCCAACAGUAUGCCAGAAUCUCCUCUUCCACCCACGGUGCCAUAUACUGACCAGUACAAUGCAUAUCCACCUCGAGAACGACUAGCAUCUUCACCUUACCCGUCAACCCAUCCCCAACAGUAUGGCUCAGUCCCUGCAGUCCCUUCUGGAAUGUAUGCACCAGUCUAUGAUAGCAGACGCAUGUGGAGGCCACAGAUGUACCCACGGGAUGAUGUCAUGCGGAGUAAUUCUUUACCUCCAAUGGAUGUGGUACCUUCAGCUACUUACCAGCAUCCUCCACGAGAAAGAUACAGCUCACUUGAUGGAUGUUACUCUAUGGCUGGGCAGCCAUCAAAUGAACAGAGGAGUGUCGCCGUGCAAAGGGAUGCAUAUAGCCGGUUACAACACCCAGGCUUUGAAGACCUGUUAAGACGGAAACCAGACCAAUGGACACAAUAUUCCACUCAGAAACCACAACUUGUCUCCUCUUCUUUGUCUACAGUAGCCCAGCCCUCUGCUCCUCCAUCCCCCUUGUUCAGUGUGGACUUCAGCUCAGAGUUUUCUGAGAAUACUAAUGACUUGUGUGCGGGCACUAAGUUUGAUGAUGACAGCAUGUCACAUUACUCGCCAUGGUCUUGUGGGACUAUCAGCUCUUGCAUUAGCGCAAUGGAAUCUGAUCCAAAGGAUGUCAUGGCAACUACCAAUGUAGAGAUAUUGGACCUUAAUGUGAAACGAAGUUUAAAUUUGUUUGGCCCUCAGAGAAAGGGAAAAGAUGAAGAUCCCAUAAUUCCAUUUGGUGACGGACCGAUCAUCUCUAAAUGGGGUGCGAUAUCUCGGUCUGCCCGCACUGGUUAUAACAACACAGACCCAGUCCAGGCUACAGCUUCCCAAGGAAGUGCUACAAAACCAAUUAGUGUAACAGACUAUAGUCCACAUGUGAGUCAUGCCGAUUCUAGUAGUUGGACUUCCCAUUCUCUUUCAUAUGGAUCGAAUUCAACCACCGGUCAAUACCUAAACAGGGACAGAUUGAUGGACAUAUCUGCCCCUAGGCAACUUCCUAAUGGUGGAGAUCAAUUAAAUAUUGAACUACAACAGAGGGAAUUUACAGAGGUUUCUACGGAUGAUCAAGAUAUAGAAUUGGAGCUCUCCGCUUUGGAUACUGAUGCUGACCAAGACGAAGGAAUAGAGGAUGUUCUGGUUAUUGGCUCUCAAGGUGAUCUGGCCGAUGACAUAAUAUCCGAAAAUAUACAUCAUAAACACCAAGGUAAAGAGCAGGAGGAGCAGGGACGCAGGAUUGCAGAGCAGAUUGCGAUCAAAGAGGAACAAAAAAUGAUGCCCAUGACAUCUGGCUUUAACCAGCCCAUCACAGCCUCGGUCAGCUUCAUCACCUCCCCAGCUGUGACUUCUUCCUUCAACAUCAGUAAUUUGGCCCUGAAAACAUCUGCAGUCAAGCUGACAGAAGAUGCAAAAGAUAUGAAUGUCACAACUAAUGGCGAGGCUGUAGCCAACGGGAGCUGAAGGGAAUCUGUGUUUACACCAACACACAGAAGCAAUUAGUUUUGCUUUCUAUAUAAUAUAAUGUAUUACACAUUUCUGUGUGCAUAUAUUAUAUUAUGCUUUUUAUAAGAAUAAUGUGAGGGCAUCAAAUUCCUGUGGACUUUUUUUGAUACUAUAAAAGCCCUCUUGCAUUAACCAUUUUGACAGUAAAAUUAACAUUAGUCAGACACUAGUUUAAAUUCCAGUGAGCCUUGGAAUUUGGACAUCAUUUGAAUUAAUGCUUUAAAGCAGCCUUUUAUGAGUCUGUUGUGAGCCAGUGCAUUAAUCUAGCCAUUCUUAUUCACAAUGGCUAAUGUGGAACAUACACAGCUCAGUUGUUGAUCAGCAGGGCACUGCAGCAACACACCUGGUGAAAACUAACCACGAUUUUACCUCCUUUUCUCUUUCAUUUAUAUAUUUUUUGUGUACAAUUCACACAAAAUUGAAAGAAGGUAAUGGCUUGGAAAACUGUAUUUUCGAGCUGUUAUAGUAAGACUUAGUUUCAUGGCAUUGUUGCACUUUUAUAAGAAAUUUGUUUGUUAAAAUGGUGGAAGGGAGAUACUUUUCACCUUUUUUUAAAAAUGCAUAAUUAGAGUUUCAAAAUAUAGUUUCCAACAAAUUCCAUGGGUUAUAAUGUUAACAAAAGGUUGACCCGAGAAAUGUCUCUUAAGUGUUUAGCUUAAUUGGGCUGGUGUAGCUGAGACAGUGUUGUUGUCAGAGGGGCACCAUGGUAGUAUUGCGGAUAGUGCGAUCCUAUUACAGCUCGGGGCAUUGGAGUUCACAAGUUCAGUUCCAGCACCGUUGGUAAGGAGUUUGAAUGUGUGGGUUUCCUCUGGCUGCUCCAAUCUCCUUAGGGGUUAGAAGCUUAAUUGGUCAUUGUAAAUUGUCCUGCGAUUAGACUAGGGAUAAAUAGGUGGGUUGCUAAGCAGCACGGCUUGAUGUGCUGGAAGGGCCUGUUCCAUGCUGUGUCUCUAAAUAAAUAAAUAUAACAUCAACAAAAGAUUAACCCCAGAAAUGUCUCUUAGGUGUUUAACUUCAAACAUUUGUUAAAAAUUAGGAUGAUAUAGCUGAAACUAAAUGUUGUUGUCACGUUAUUUGAACAGUCAAGUUGUGCCUUAGAAUGAAGCUGGAGACGUGGUCGGAUUGGCCAUCAGCUACUCACAGGUUAAUGACUAAACUGCUAAAGCUGGAAAAACUCAAGUCAACUAUCAUCUAUGAGAGAGAAAGAGUGAACUUCUUAGUUCACUGAGCUAUCUCCUUACUCUUUUCAUUGAUGCCAACUAUCUAUUUCCAGCAGGUUUAGUUUUAUAGCAUCUGCCACAUGUUUAGUAGCAAAAAUCCUUUCAUCUCCUUUUCCUAAUGAUUCACACUAAUCGAUAAAAGUAAGAAUUCAGUCAUUUUACACUUAAAAGCAUUUCUUGAUGCUUGUAGAAUGGGAGAAUAUCCAUCAACACUGGGAAAAGAAGUAUUAGGAUUUAUAUCCCUAUAAACCAUGUUAAAUGUUGGAAGGUGCACAGGCACCAGAUACAGAUCCCAAAAGGUGAGUGAUGGAACCACCAUCUCUGCCUUCUACCCAAAGCACACCAAAGACAAGAUUGCAAGUAAUUCCCAGGUCAUUAACUUCACCCUCAUUCCUAGAGAUUUUGAUUAUUGAAUUCAUCAGUAAUUACUACCCAGAUACUGACAUACUCUGUAAUAUCAGUCAUGACCUUGAAGCUGCUUGAUUCUUCUUAAGCCCAUUGCCCUUACUGGGGCAUAGGCUGCUGACAGCAGCUCGCCAGGGACCUAUGUUCUGGGCCAGUUUUUCAAGUUGUCCCCAGGUGUAGCCCAUCUUGGUAUCAGCUUCAAGGUCACAUUGCCAGCUGUUCUUUGACUGGCCUCCUUAGAAGUUUGAUCAGCCCAGUGGUUUCCACAGACUUGUGGCUUUCACCACGUGACUUCAUACAUCUUCUAGGUGGAGAUUCUUCCUAUCCCAGGGAUGAGGUCUUUGGCGCUUCUGUUGGCGUUUCUGUAACUCUGGGUUUUUUACAUGUUGGAGUGCUAGUCCCAUGCCAAGCCCUCCUAUCACAGCUGGGCUUGGGACCAUCCAUAGCAGAGUUAGCUGCUUGUUUGCCAAUGCUAAAUUUGUCUAUAAUCGGUUUACAUAAGUACAAUAAUGAUGUUGCUAUAGAUCAUUGUUGUAUUUGUAUUUUUUAAUUGUUUUACAGAAAAUCAUUUUGUUUUCCCGCCACUGUAUUUGCUGUGUUUAGAACAGGGUGAAAACUGUAUUUUGGAACUCCUGCAUUGUGUGGUGUUUGCACUGAAUGACAGACCAGUUCAACUGGCCUCUUUUCUGCCCUAUUUAAUCUAAGAACUUCUAAUGGCUUUUGUGUACUUGCUUUAUAAUGGAUGAAUAUUAUAUGUUGCUACAGAGUCUAAAAGUACUGUAAAAAGAAUUUAAGCAAUCCAAAGUCAUGCCUCACACAAUCCAGUUAAAACAAAUAUCUGUAAUUUGAUCAAAAGAAGUAAAUGUCAAAAAUGGCAAUAUUUUCAUUUGAAUAUGAUAUCUGUAAUAAUCAUGAUAGUUUGUUUAAUCUUGGCCAUAAUUUAUCUCUUACCACUUCAUUGAGUCACUGGAUUCUGGGAGGCUGUUCGAUUUAUUAUAGAGCUGGGCACUGACAGUGCAAGUAUUUUAAAAUUGUUUACAAAAAUAUGCAGCUGUGAGGUUUAAGAAGUUAAGGGCAUUAUGUUUGUUUUAACUUCCUAACUUUUACUUAUGUUGUAUACACACUUCUGACAAACUGAGGUGAAGCAGCGAAGCUCUCUGGCUCUCCUUCAUUCAUUCAGCAAACUAAUCUCAUUGUAAAUUUAUGUUCCAAUUCAUUAAGAACUUAAAUUGGCUUUGUUUACAUUACUAAAACCAGCAUCUUUUUGGAGGGAGUACCAGGAGCAUUUGUUGCGAAAAGAUGAUUCAAAGUUUAAUCUUGGCUUUUUGUUUUAAACAGUUGUAUUGAUUUUCUAGUCUGUUCAUCUUGUUGAUUUUAAAAUGUGUGUGUUCUGCAUCAGAUCAUUGCAAAUUAAAUAGUAUGUGUGUGUUAGUAAUUCCUAUGCUUAAAAUAUCAGUCAUUUUGUCUAAGUUCUUUCCCACAGGUUUGCUAUUUGCCUGAUUGAAAAGUGCCCUCCAGCCUCUCUCUUUCUCUCUCUCUCUCACUCUCUCUCUCUCUCUCUCUCUCUCUCUCUCUCUCUCUCUCUCUCUCUCUCUCUCUCUCUCUCUGACUUACUGUUUUGAUUUUACAUUGAGGUUUUAUAUUGUUGAUGACUUCUGUGAAGUUGAUUGUUCUGCAAAUCAUACUGGGAUGUUUUAAACCAAGCGUGCUUUUCACCAGGUAGCUGCAAAGGAGGUGUUCUGCUGGGAAAUAACUUCUGCGAGAUCAUGUUAUUGGUCAGUUGAGUUGUCACAAUACCACAACAAAGUGUCCAUUUUUAAAAACAGUUUUGUGCACUUCCCUGAGGGUUGACUUUAUUUCAUAAGAAUGAUGAGACAGAUUGCUGCGUGAUGUUACGAUUCCAUUAGGCAGCACCAUGAAAUCUCUUCCUAUUUAUAAUAGGAUUUAUAUAGGUUUUUGUAAUGAAGGAGUGAUAUUGUCCAUUUAGAAUCUUUGUGUGGGCCUCCAUGCUCGGUAUUCUAUACUGAAGCUUAGAUAUUGGGAUCUAUGCACUUAUUUUAGUCUAAAGUAUCAGCUUUUGUUUUGUUUUAGCCCAUCGGUCAGGACAAGCAAAAGUUUUAAAAUCUGGAUGCUGGCAUGAUAGCCAACAGUAAGCAGUCUAAAACAAAUGUAAACCAUUUUACAAACUCUCCUCCAAUGCAGUCACUGAAUUCUCAACCAAAGCUGCUCCUAACUGUAAAUUCUGAGCGAGCCAAAACAUGCGCCAUGUCUUUAGCAGAUGGUCUCAGUCAUUAACAUAAGUAGCUUAGGGACAAUAUUUAAUGUAAAUUUUAUGUAAAAAAAUGUUUUCAAGUGAUGUGUUGUACUUUCAUCUAAAGUUUCCAGUUUUAAUUUAGCUGUCCAAUUGCAAUGUUAGUAAACUCAGACUUUGAAGGUCUUCAUCAUUCAACUAGUCAGUGAUCACCAGAGUUGACACUUUACUGAUUAUUGCUUUUGGAUGUUAUAUAUAAAUGACAGUUGGUUUGUUAUUGCUACAGAUGAAUGGCUAAUUGAGCAAACUAUCUAUUUUUCAUGAAUAGUAACAUUUAACUCUGUGUGAGGCUUUCUUGCUGAAAGGACUGAAGACAGGUCUAGGUAAUGAGCAAUAAGGGCCAAGUUCCAAAUCACUGAUAAACUAAAGGAUCGGCAUGGUUGAAAUGUGCUUUGUUAUCCCUGCCCAAAUCACGUUGAUGGACGUCUUCAUGGAGAAAUGAACCAGCUUUGGUUUACAGUUUACAGUAAAUUGUACAUUGGAUCCUGCUGCAGUACUUAUUUAUUGCCCCUAGGUGGCAGAGAAUGAAUUGGAAAUUGCUGCUUUUAUCCCUCUAAUGGUAGAAAACUAGUCCUGUUAAGUUAAAAUUUCACCAGCACAGCAACCAACUCCGUAACUAGCCAAUUCUUUUUGAGAGUUCACCCGCCAACAACCUUAUCCUCUCCAAUACACCAUUACCACAGCCACCACAAGGCAAAUAGUGUUUGAAAUCAGAGACUAAACACCUGGAUCACUUCUCAAUUUGUGCUAAUCCUGAGGUUUUCUCACAUGUUACUAGUUGUUCUAAUGCUAGAAUGUAAACCAAAAUGUAAUAGGAGCCCAGGAUUAUCUGAUUAGCAUUUCUAAAAAGAUUACAGCCCUCAGGGAAAUAACCCUCUGUGCUACAAAACUACAAUUAACAUCUACUGUACCUUGAGGGUGAAUAAAAUGAAUUAGUACUUUUGAUUUUAAAAUUGUAUAUGUUUUUUUAAUAAAAACAAAGCUUGGUUGUGUUCUGCUGGAGGGGUUUGGGGAAAUUGGUUGUUGUUUUAAACAAAUAAUGCACGUGAACUACAGGAGCAAAUUAUAAUUUGAGGAUCAACCAGCACUAGAUUUUAUUUCAAAAAUACUUCAAUGGAAUCCACUCCUAUGCAGUUGCUGCUGUGUGGGUCCAAGAAAUAUUACUUAAGAAUUUAGUCACCUGCUCAUUCAUUGAAGGCCUCGGUUAAUCAAAGGCAUGGAAAUGCAUGCAGUUCCUUAGCUGGGCAGAAAUAAAGUACAUUAUAAUGUAGUUGUGAUACAACACACAUGGUUCUUAUUUGUACUACACGUGCCCACUGUACAGCCACUUGAAGCAUUGUGGUUAGCUUGCAGCGUUUGCUGUCUGCAUUUAUGCCGUUUUGCAUAUUCUUUUCCCUGGAAGUUAUGAAAAAAAGUUUUCUUGCUGCAAAACUAAGUUUUUUAGAAAAAAAAUGCUUAGCUGGAGAAGUUGGGAAAAGAGGCCUGUUUUGUCAAUUGUACAACCAAUUGUGGAGCUGAAGUGUGAAUAUUUUACGUCUGUAUUAGACAUUUUCUUUGCAAAUCUAUUGUUCGAUUGAAUUGUAAAUGAAAUUAAAGAUGGUACACAUCCGUCAUGUAUAAAGGAGGCACCAUCAAUAAGAUGGAUUUAAUGGUCAUUUUUACUACACCUACUUGGCUUAUAUUUAAAAUGUAUAAUUUUUAAGAAAAAUGCUCUGUUAAUUAAAUAGGGAAUAAAUCCUAUUCCAUUUGUUAAUUUCAAUUUGACUUCCAAAUUGUUGGUAAUCCAUUACCCUCUCUUUUUGUUUUAAGAAUAGAAUGGAAUCUGAAUGCUAGGCCAUUUGGGUCUGUAAUGGAUUAGUUUUGUGAUACUGAAUAGCAAAAGUUGCAUUCUGUGUACAAAACCUUGUCUGCGUAGCACUGAACUGAGAGCUAAUGGCUUGGGCUGUACACUAGAAUUGAAUAUCAUGAAUUUCAGUGUUUGAACGAUGAUUGAUGGGACAGUUUGCAGUACUUGAAUGUAUUUGCAUGCAUAACAAUAAAAUUAUUUGUCAAUUAAAGUUUUUUGUCAUUGCUCUUGCAAAGAAAACGUGACAAUAAUGUACUUUCGGAUGGUGAAUUCACUAUUCUUUUGCACAAUUUGUUGUAACUUACA